AUGGAUCAGUUGUUGGCUGUGAAAAUUGGCUGCCUGGCAGGGGUGCUGCUCAUCACUCUUCUUUGCGGCCUCAUCCCAGCCCAUGUCAAGUGGUUCCAUAUCAACAUGGCCAGAGGGAAACAUCGGCGCAUCCUCAGUUUUAUCAGCUGCUUCGCUGCAGGGGUCUUCCUGGGUGCCUGUAUUAUGCACAUGGUGGCCGAUGCCCUGGGAGACAUCGAAACAGAAAUAAGAAAACGACAGCACAUGGAGAGUGCCAGACAUAAAGAAAAUAGCACCUACAUGGACAUUGAUAAUGAUUCAGAGCGGUACCCAUAUGGAGAGCUCAUAAUUUCAUUGGGCUUCUUCCUGGUGUUUUUUAUCGAAAGCGUGGUACUCCACUGUUGCCCCCAAGCUGUUCAUUCGCAUGGCAACCAGGAAAAUCAUGAGGAACACAAGGAGCCCCCACCUUCUCACAGUUCCUUCCGGGCAUUUAUACUAUUCCUGUCGCUGUCCUUUCAUUCGGUCUUUGAAGGACUUGCCAUUGGUGUGCAAAAGGAGACUACAGACACCAUCCAACUUUGCCUGGCCGUGCUCAUCCACAAAGCCAUCAUGAGCUUCAGCUUGUCUUUGAAGCUAGUGCAGAGUAGCACCAAGCUCCAAUGGAGGAUACUUUACCUGGUGGUCUUUGUUCUGAUGUCUCCAAUUGGUAUCAGCAUAGGCAUCGGUGUGUCUCUUUCCAAUGGGGAUGGAAGCGGUUUGGCUCAAGCUGUCCUUGAAGGGGUGUCAGCAGGAACUUUCCUCUACAUCACAUUCCUGGAAAUUCUUCCUUACGAGCUGGCUUCGCAUGAAAGCCCUUUCACCAAGUUCCUUUUCAUCAGCCUAGGCUUCUCUAUCAUGGCUGUCAUUGCCAUUUGGGCAUGAAACAUUGCUCAUGCCAAGUAACCUGGGAAAUCUGCCUCCCAUCAGCCAUCUUCGAUACAUGGACCCAUUCCUGUUUGUCUUCUCUGGCAUUUUGUGUCUAUCCAUGUUGCAUAUGCUAUUAUACUUGCCUUAAGUGCCACGACAAAAAUGUAGCAAGAGGAGAAACCUAUAACAAGACUUCAAGGAAGUUCAAGAGUAAACUAAGUGAUCUAGAUAAAAACAGUUGACAGAUGAAGACAUCAAAUAGACUCAUUUUCACUUCUGGAGGUACUGGAAGGCUAUAAUUCAGUUUUCUCAAUUUCUUGUCCUCCAUAAAAUGGAAGACUAUAGAUUAAAAUAAAAGUUAACAACAAAAACAUAAUGGAAGAAAUAGAGUGUUCUGCAGUGGAGGUCAACAAUGAAAACAUUGUGUUGUGUUGUCUCAACACAAGCCCACCUUUAUCUACAUGUGCUGGAUGGAAACACGAAAGGGGCAUAGCUACAACUAUCAUAAUUCUGAGAAACAUUGAUUCCUGAGAACAUCUCUGCAAAGAAGUCAGUAACUACCAUCUUCUUAUUGCUAAGUCCAUGACUUGGCUCAAAAAAAUCUUUAAGGGUUGGGGAUGGAAUGUAAGUAACAAGUUGAAUGGCCUCUUCCUUUUUUAGGAAGUCAAAUAAAGAGAACUCAGGCCAUUAUAUCUGGAUUGAGGAAAGGAGAGGUAAAAUGUUAAUUCAAUAUACUUUGAAAAAUAACACAAAAACAUAUUCUGGUAACAAAACAAAUAUUCAUCUGUAAUUAAACAUAAGGACAUAGCCGUGUGGAUGUCCCUCUUCCAAACAAAACAUCUUACUAUAUAUCUUACACACCCAUCUAGGAUACUAUACUACUAGGAAAAGAACUGAUGCAACUGACAACUUCAAACACUAAUGUAUAAAUUUUAUUAUGUGGGCUGGCAUUGUUAUCAUAAAGAAUAUUCAGCCUUCCCAAACUUUGGAAGAAAUAAUGUUUCUUCUGUCCAAUAAACCUUAGUUUGCCAUAUGGACCCCCAUCCUUCCAUUCCUUCUUUUAUUUUAGCUGGCCAUGUAUUGUCAAUCAGCACCAA